CUGAAGGCUGUACUUUCCCCUUCCUCACUUCCACUCCUCUUCCUCCCAGGGCGUCGCAGUGCAGAUUGUCGGUUUGAAUGCAGCCCCCCGGUUUCCCGCGCUUAUUUAGAGUGACCGCGGUGCUGUAGGAGAAGAGAACACUGAGCUGCUGUUGCUCCAGCUGUGCUGUCUGUACUCCAGCUGCGCUGUGUGUCCAUCUCAACCCUGCACAUUCACCUGACUGCUGCUGACCACCAGCUGGAGGAGUCAGGUGCAGACAUGAGCAAAGCCAAGAUGAGCAGAGACCGAUGGAUCAACCAGCCUGGAUUCAGCAGAGUCACUCGCAGCUCCAUCACCUCUCAGGAAUCUGCCUCAUCCUCUUUGCAGCAGGGCAAACCCUCAGAUUCGGUCCUACUUGAUGACUUGAGCCUCAUGAGAGUGAGCGAGCUGCAGGCCUCGUUAGCCAGGAAAGCAAAGACAUUAAAAGCGGCCAGCGAUGCCAGUAAGGGCACAGCAGGGCGCUCAGUCCCUCGUGGAGCUCUUGAGACUGUAGGCAGAAUGAUGAAGCUGGGUCGCUUGCAGAACGUGGUCGUAGUGGCUGGUGCUGGAAUCAGCACAGCCAGUGGCAUACCAGACUUUAGAACACCAGGCACAGGCUUGUAUGCUAACUUGGAAAAGUACAACGUUCCCUACCCCGAAGCCGUCUUCAAUAUCGACUACUUCUCUGAAGAUCCACGUCCUUUUUUCUCGCUGGCCAAAGAGCUGUACCCUGGCAGACAUCGACCGAAUUACAUCCAUUAUUUUAUCCGCAUGCUACACCAGAAAGGGUUGCUGCUCCGCAUGUACACCCAGAACAUCGAUGGCUUGGAGAAAAUGUGCGGUAUUCCUGAUGAGAAACUGGUGGAAGCUCAUGGGAGUUUCGCGACUGCGUCCUGUCAUCUGUGCUACACACCAUUUCCUGCUGACGAAGCCAAGAAAGCCAUCAUGAGUGACAGCGUCCCCACGUGCAGCUUCUGUUCCGCCACCGUCAAGCCGAAUGUUGUGUUUUUUGGAGAGGAUCUGCCUGAAAAAUAUUUCCAACAUGAAACGGACUUCCCCAACGCAGACCUGCUUAUCAUUAUGGGCACUUCUCUAAAGAUUGAGCCCUUUGCUAGCCUGGUGAACACGGUUAAGUCCAGAGUUCCACGUCUGCUCCUGAACCGACACGCAGUGGGACCGUUUGAGCGAAAACCCCUGAGGAGAGGCGACUACGUGGAGCUGGGAGACCUAGUGGACUUGGUCCGGAGACUCGCCGAGAUUCUGGACUGGCACGCAGAGAUUCAACACCUGAUGAACAGCAAUGAGAACGGGGAUCUGCAGAGCGUCCCCAUGGUGAUAUCUGGCCCCCACUCAGACAGUGGACAGCAGCACAUAGCCUGCUCCUGCAGCAAUAGCGAAGAGAGCGACUCGUCAGAGACGGACAGCAAGAGCACAUGAGUGAUCGAUUAACUUCCUUCGCCCCCUACUAUCCUGAUACUGACCACAUUACCCUUCUUUUUUUAUUUUUAUUUAAUCAUGUGGGUGUCUUUCGUGACAUGUUAAAGGCACUUGUUUACAUCUGUAAACAUUAAUGUAAGGGUAUUAAAAUACUAAUUGUUAAUAUGAAGUAUUUAAUUAUCUACAUAUGCAGAACCUUUCUUCCUUCCAUCUGUUUUCAACUUGAUGCCAUUACAAGACAGAAAGUAGGAGUGUAAUGGACGUGGCAUAAGCAUGGGUCAAAGUGUACUCUGUGGAACUUGGAGCGAGUCCAGCUCUGAGAGAGGAUAGUGCUAAAUUAGCAUGGGAGGCGUGACCUCCUGAGUGUGUACUGUCCCGCUGUGUGUGUUUUCACAGGCACUGCAGUCUCGGAGCUGGGGCCUCCCUCCAAAACUAAAUGUCUCUGCUUGGCAACAAAGAACCAAUAUCCUGCUGCUGUGUGUGUAUGUGUGUGCGUGUGUGUUUGCUUCUUUGUGUCACUGUGAGUAAACGGCUGUCAGUAGGGUAGUGUGUGUGAGAGAACGUAAUUUUGCUUACUAGUGUGUAAUUUGAGAGAAAGCAAUUAUUAAAUUUUGCACAGUUGAUCACGUCAUCCUAAACGUAUCUACUCACGUCUGUGUUUUGCGUUCUUGUUUCUAGGUACUCGUACAAGAAAUCAGUCUUAAAACCUGUCAGAUUUGUUCAAUUUCAGACUGAGUUUUAAAAUUUGCAUUUUUUAAAAACUAUUAAAACUCUAGAUCAGAGCAGAAGUUGUA